AUGAGGCAGCUGGGGAUGAGGCGUGCGAGUCUCUCUGCCAGCCUGAAGAUCGGGGACCGCCGGGGCCGCUGCCGGACCCCGCAGGAAGAGGAAGUCUACAUCCCAUUUGCGCAGGACAGCCUGGUAAAGCCAUGGAGCUCCAUGCAGAACGUGAUGGACAGAAACCAAGAGAAAAGCAAGACUCCCAUCCAAAGGAACAAGUACUUGCUCAACAUCAAUGUUGGUGGCAAGUUGUUCCAGAUAGCUAUCAAGGUAGCGGCCCGCUAUCCCAUCACCAGGCUUGGGAAGCUGGCCCUUUAUACCGACCCUAUGAAGAAGCUGCAGCUCUGCGAUGACUACUCAGUGCAGAAGAAUGAGUACUUCUUUGACAGAGAUCCUUCAAUUUUCCACUACAUCUUCCACUUCUACCGCAGCGGGGUCCUGUGGAUAAUGGAUGAGAUGUGCCCCAGUAACUUUGUGGAGGAAAUCGAAUACUGGGGAAUCCAUCUGAAAUACUCCCAACGCUGCUGCCGGAUCCUGUUUGAGGAAAAGCAAGAUGAACUCAGCGAGUACCUGAAAAUACAGAAGGAGCUGGAGGCAGAACUGGAGCCUCUGGACUCAGCAGAACACUUUGAGGGCAAAUUUCUGGGACGGUUUCGAAAGAUGAUCUGGAACCUCAUUGAGAACCCAUACUCCUCUGUCCCAGCCAAGAUCAUUGCUGUCAUGUCAAGCUUCUUUGUGCUUAUCUCCAUCGUGGGCAUGACACUGAGCACAGUGGAAGAGAUGAAACACAAGACAGGGAAGAUGUGGAUGGAGCAGCUGGAGAUGAUCUGUGCCAUCUUCUUCACCUCUGAAUACCUCAUGCGGCUUAUAUCCUCCUCCAGCUUCAAAAACUUUUUGCGGGCAGCGUUUAAUGCUGUAGACCUGGUCGCCAUCCUGCCCUUCUACAUCCAGAUCCUCUUUGAAAAUCUGGACGAAGCAGACACGCUUUACCAUGAGGAACUGCACAAGGUGGAGAAUGUGAGCAAGCUGGGCAAAGUCCUGAAGCUCAUCAAGCUCAUGAGGAUCUUCCGCAUCCUCAAGCUGGCUCGCCACUCCACUGGUCUCCGGGCCUUUGGCUUCACCAUUCGCCAGUGCUACCAGCAGGUUUGCUGCCUCUUCCUCUUCAUCGCCAUGGGGGUCUUCACCUUCUCUGCUCUCAUGCACUCGGUGGAACAUGAUGUGCCAGGCACCAACUUCACCAGUAUCCCCUACGCAUGGUGGUGGGCAGCGGUCAGCCUCUCCACUGUGGGUUACGGAGACACCGUACCCGACACGCUGCUGGGCAGGGUGGUGGCAUUUGGCUGCAUCUCCUUCGGCAUCAUCCUCAACGGCAUGCCCAUCUCCAUCCUCUACAACAAGUUCUCUGACUACUAUGCCAAGCUGAAGGCCCAUGAGAACGAGGCCAGCCACUCGCUCAAGCUCUCCAGGAGGAUCCGCCUGAAGGAGCGGGUUGUGCGGAAGCUGUCGGAGUGCUGCAGAGCUGACCCCCGCGGCCAACACUGACCACCGCCCGCACGCCCCUCCGCCCUGACGCGUCCUGCCUUGCAGCCUGGCUGUCUCUUCAGCAGGUCCUGUCCCCUGGGGAGGCUCCACCACUCAGGCAGGAGCAGCAAGUGGUAGCAGGGACGUGCUGUUGUCCAGAUGCCGCUGCUGGCAGGGGCUGUUUGGAGGAGUGAAACGUGCCCGUGACUGUCUUGUGACACGGUCGCCAUUGCGUGCUGGAGUCUGCUGUCCCCCAGAGUGGUGGGUAAAGGACUAGCUAGAGAGCUCGCUGUACAGCCGUGGCAGGAUGUCUGCAGCCAUGAGCCCUUCCAGGCAAGCCCACUUCACCUCCCACUGC